GACAUGUGGACAGAACUGAGAGAUUGGAGGGAAAGAACAUUAGCCCCUGCUCUGCAAAUGCAUCAGAGAACCAAGACGACAGCAGUUUAAGCAAAGCUGAAGCUGAUGUGAGAGAGACCCAUACAACUUCAACGCAUCCUCUCUAUUGCACUGAUGUAAUCACAUCCCCACCACACCCUCACAAGUUACCUGAAAAGGAGGACAGGGAGUCUACUGAUGUGUUCCAUUUGUUUGACCCACAGACUGAAAUCCAGAACAUGAUCACAGAUAUCUUGGCUUCAGAAAAUCCGGCAGCAAAAACACCCAAAAUGAAAGGACCUCCACCACCUGUUCGAAAGAAGCCCAAGAAUCCUUUUCGGAAUGAUGUUGCUGCUGAAAAUCCAGAUGGUGUAGAGAAGCCUAGACAAUAUUCUGAGCUUCUUCUGCAAAACAUCAAAGUUGCCAGAAGAGAUGCAGCAUUAGAGUCCCCUACUGAAGACUUUCACAAGCUCUCACCAAAUCUCGACAUGCUGGAUUUCUGUACAGGAAAACCAGUUUCACCGACCUGCAUGUGCAUAUUGAGAGGAUACGAUCCAGAAGCACUUCCGCCAAGAUAUCCAGAUUCAUAUGGUGAAAAGGUAUCACCUGACCUGGACUUUUGGACUAAAAUGGUUGACAUUCCCUGUGAAAAAGAACCUGAUACAUUGGACACAUCUAAGAUGAGAAAAAUGUUACAAAAAAAAGCAAAAAGAAAGGGCCCUCCACCACCUGUCCCAAAGAAGCCUGCAGCUCCAUUCACUCCAACAGAGAUUGAGAAGGUUCUGCCAAUCACAGAUACUAUCUAUCCAGAAGAUGUAGUGUCUGAUUUAAAAUCCGAAAAAGUAUAUUACAAACCAUAUUUAGGAAAAAAUAUGGCUGAGGAUGAAUUUGAGCAGCCGCUAGUCUCGAACAGAGAUGUUCUAGCUGUUGAUGAUGCUUUGAGCAGUGAGUUGUGUGAUGUGGAUGGAAAUGGCUUCUCCAGGUAUAGACCUGUCUCUGAACUCAUUAGAGAAACCAACCAGUUGCGAGAAAAAAGGACACACCAAAGCAGCAGAACAAAUCCAACAGAAUCAAUGACAGCAGCUAGAAGACAGCCCAUUAAAUUACUGCAAAAGACACAAACUGCUGAUGACAAAAAACCCUCACCUUCUGACGAGGAAAAGAGACAGUCACAAAAGAAAGAGAUGAUCAGACGAGUGGUCCGGCAGAGCAAAUUCCGUCAUGUAUUUGGCCAGGCAGUGAAGAACGAUCAGUGCUACGAUGACAUCAGGGUCUCGCGGGUCACUUGGGACAGCGCAUUCUGCGCCGUCAACCCCAAAUUUGUCGCCAUUAUUGUUGAGGCCAGUGGAGGUGGAGCCUUCCUCGUUCUGCCUCUACAAAAGACUGGCCGCAUCGAUAAGGCAUACCCUACUGUUUGUGGUCACACGGGCCCAGUACUGGACAUUGACUGGUGCCCACACAAUGAUCACGUCAUUGCUAGCGGGUCUGAAGACUGCACUGUAAUGGUUUGGCAGAUCCCUGAGAAUGGCCUAGUCUCUGCUCUCUCUGAGCCGGUUGUGGUGUUGGAAGGCCACUCUAAGCGGGUGGGCAUUGUGACGUGGCACCCAACAGCCCGUAAUGUUCUCCUCAGUGCGGGAUGUGAUAAUAUGAUCAUGAUCUGGAAUGUUGGCACUGGUGAGCCGUUGAUCACUCUAGACGACAUGCACCCAGACGUCAUCUUCAGUGUUUCCUGGAACCGCAAUGGUAGCCUCAUCUGCACUGCCUGCAAGGACAAGAAAGUGCGCGUUAUCGACCCGCGUAAGGGCAAGAUUACUGCAGAAAAGGAUAAGGCCCAUGAAGGUGCUCGGCCUAUGAGAGCCAUCUUCCUCGCAGAUGGCAAUGUCUUUACCACUGGUUUUAGCCGCAUGAGUGAGAGACAGCUGGCCUUAUGGAACCCGAAAAGUAUGGAUGAGCCGAUCUCCGUGCAUGAGAUGGACACCAGCAAUGGAGUGCUGCUUCCCUUUUAUGACCCUGACACUAAUGUUGUCUACCUGUGUGGAAAGGGCGACAGCAGCAUCCGGUACUUUGAAAUCACGGAUGAGGCUCCCUACGUCCAUUACUUGAAUACGUUCUCUAGCAAAGAGCCACAGAGGGGCAUGGGCUACAUGCCCAAACGGGGCCUGGAUGUUAAUAAAUGUGAGAUAGCAAGGUUUUAUAAACUUCACGAGAGGAAGUGUGAGCCAAUUGUUAUGACUGUUCCAAGAAAGUCAGACUUGUUCCAGGAUGAUCUUUAUCCAGACACGGCAGGUCCAGACUGCGCUUUGGAAGCAGAGGAUUGGUUCGAUGGAAAGAAUGGCGAUCCCAUUCUAAUCUCCCUCAAACACGGCUAUGUGCCAGGCAAGAACCGUGACCUCAAAGUAGUCAAGAAGAAUGUUCUGGACAACAAGUCGCCUAAGAAAGUGGAGGAAACAACAACUGUUCAGAAGCCGGCCUCUCCGCAGCACACUAGAAAAAAUGAAGUCAAGUUGGAGGAAUUGCUUCGAGAGGUCAAAUCACUUAGAGACCUCGUGACACUUCAGGACAGACGAAUCGCCAAACUGGAAGAGCAGGUGGCCAAAGUGGCUAUCUGAGAUGCUGCUGGUAGUCCAAGUCGCCAUGUCAGUAUAGAGUGAAAUGUUCAGCCGGGCAGGGGGCCAGUCACUGCCAAAAUUGUGCAGUUUGACUUAACCAACCAUUCUGCUUGGUUUUUCUUGCAAGGAUGACUUCAGGCAACAUUCCAUGAUGAACAUCUGCUUUUUUUUUUUUUUGUUCCCCUUCCUUCUUUCAUCUUGCCUCCCCUUUGUGCAUUCACUAGCAGAAGGAAAAGAGACUGAUUUGCUUUGUCCCAUGUGUUUUUAUCUUUUGGUGGCGUGAACAGACGGACUUUGAAUUGAUCUGAUGACUAUUUUAGAAUUUUGCCAUUUUUUUCUUACUUUUGUUGUUGUAUAAUUGUGACCAUUUUGAAUUCUCACUGACUGCCAAGUUACCUAGUGUUUUUAUAUGUAUGCAUAAGUAUUGCUCUACUUCAUUUCUUUGUGAUGCCAAAUGUGAGGUGACACACACAAACACCUUGCUGUAUAUCCUUUGAGCUCUUAAGCUUUUAUUUUGUAUGUCAUUUUUUCCAUUUUUUUCCUGACUGUACAUACAACCAUUACUGGAACAAUUAUGGGCUUUACACUUUGUCAGUUUAUUUGAGGCUGAAUUAGCCAACUUUGCUGUAUAUCUUGAGUGUGCCAAGGUUAUAUGGGUGACUGUGUGACUUUGUGUCUACAAUGUUCCACUGACACAGAUGCUGAUCACAAAAAAGGGUAUGCUUUAAAAAUGGAGUAUGAACCAAUGAACUGUCUAGCAGCUACUGACAUAAGCAGUAUUGAACAAAAUUGUUGGGGUGCCUAAUACAAGAAUUGCAGUAAUGCGAUUAAAGCAGCCAAUUCUACUGUUUUUAAUCUACACACGGUUUAGUAGCAGGGUUUACUAGCUAUGACCAAUGCACUAAAGUGUGGUCAUUUUAUACAUGCGUCACAUUUUCCAAAAAGCAAUAAAAUCAAUGAGAUUUUUGAAGGAGAUUUCAGUCCAGGAGUUUCCUACUGCACAGAAUAAGCCAAUCUUUACAUUUGGUCAGUGAUUGCUUGUUAAUGCUAAGAAAAAGCCACAACAACUCUCAGAAGAAAAUUAAGACUUGAAUCAUUAAAAAAAAUCUAUCUGGAUCACAAUUCACUAGCUUGUUCAUAGACUGGCUGACAGUUUUGUUGAGCUGAAAUGUAAGUACAUAGUAAAAACAAAGCGUGUCGUAUGUCCAUGUGUUAAACGCCUCUUUUGCAUUAUUCUAGUCACAUUGCAGCAAAGGUUUUGCAUCAUUUCAAACAGAUUCCUCCCAUUUAAACUGAGUUGGCAUUUGAACUUGGUCUCCAAGUGGCUACCUGCUGUCCCCUCACUGGUGUAAAUGUAUUAGUGCCUCUUUGUGUAUUUACUGGUUUUAGUCUGGCCCCUUCAGCUCAGUCCAGCUGGAGCUUGGGCCGACAUGAGGCUGAACACUUACCUGUGUCUUGUGCAUGCAUUACAGGUUUCACCUAAACAAAAAAAAGUCUAGCCCACAAUAAACUCUGUUCAUAUUUCGUUAUGAAA